AUGAAACAGCUAGGCUUCCUGAAAAGAUUAGUAUCCGGCCAGAGAGAUUUGGAAAAGACCUUUGUGGAGAAGCUUCUUGCUGGAGAUAUACAAGAUAGUAUCGAACUCGGGAGAAUGCUCUUUCCAAGAAACCCCAUGUUCCUUAUGACUUCCUUGCUCCUCGACUUCCUGGGGAGUCCGGAAGAUGAGGCCAAGAAGAAUCUUCUCCUUCAAUCUCUGAAGAAUUCCACCAUCAAGAGCAAUCUCAUUUGGAUGCUGUACAAGAGAGGAUUGCUGAUAAAGGAAAUGGACCAUUAUGUCCAGAGAAUUGUUUUUAAGGACUUUCUUUAUUAUCUCACUCUCAAAGAGGCGUACAUACAUGGCCAUCCUAAGCUUCUUGGAAAGGAGACCGAUCUGGAAUGUAUGGCGUUUCUCCUAGACCAUUUAGAUGAUUGGGAUUUAUAUCAGCAUGCAUUGAACAAUAAUAUAGAGCUUCCUCGAAGAGAAAGCCUGAACUACGAGUACUACCUUCUCCAUCGGUUCAAAGAAAAAGACAAGGCUAUUGAGCUACUAAGGUCGAGGAUAUGCUUUAAGGAAAUAGAGUUCAUUAGCGGAAUGGUUGGGCUAGAAAACCAUCCCGACGGAACCAUCGAUUGCUUAAUACAGUUGGCAAGGAAGGGAUUUGACGAGGAAGUUCUAAGGAGGGCAUAUGAAAUAUACACCAAGAACAAGUCAGUACUCAACACAAAGAUGAUCAUUGCUGUUUUGAUAUCGUCUAGAAAGGCUUCAUAUCUUGGACUGGCCCUGUAUUUAUCCUUCAAGCACAGGAAAGACUUCCCCGAGAAUUAUGAGAUAUUUCUAAUAUUUGUGUUUUUGUGCAGAUACUUUUGCUUCUAUCCACAUGUCCUCAAGUGUUUGGACUUGAUGAAUGUCCGAAAUGCUCAAGUCCCAAACCUGUCGUUUAUAUGGUCGGAUAUACUUUUUGCUAAGGGAAUAGAAGAUAAUUGGAAGAGGAAAGAAGCAAUUGACAAUAUCCAAGAAUGUGUAAAUGAUCUAAACAAAAGCAUUAAGUAUUUCAUAAGUGUUGGAAAUCUGGCACAUGUUGUCGAUGCUAUUGAUUUGGCUAGGUCUCUCAAAGAAUCGGUGAUACUCCUAGAACUUAAGGAGAGGAAAAUAAUUGGAACAAAUGCAAGCAACAGUUUUCAUUCUCUUUUGGGAACACGAUGCAGUUAUCUGUUUGAGAAGAUGACUGUCGAGAAGAUUCCUAAGGGAAAAUGCAUGUUUUUAACGGACUUCUAUGUUUCCGAAGGCUGCAGCCUGGAAGACGUGAAAAACAACGGGCUGUGGAAUGUUGAGGAGGACUUUAUUAUCUUUUUUAGAGAGAUGGAGGAGUACUGGAAAACCAUAAAUAAAUAA